UUUAUUUAGUUUUUCUUUCCUAUAUGCCUUCACAACACUCCCCUAAAACACUUUCUGUACCUGAGUUUAAGCAAUUGGUACUUUACACUGGUAAUGUUAUGCGUACAACUACUACUGUUGGUAACAGCUUCUGGAACAAAAAGUCCAACGCAGAGUUAGUACAAGCCAUUGCUGAUACCCUUGACACAUCAUUACUUAACCUUGAGAAGCCAUCUUUCCGUUAUUACACAGAAACCGAGCUUUUAGAAGUGCCUGACUUGAGAUUGAGUAGUCGUAUUCAUCCCAAUGAUCGUGAUAAUGUCGAAGUUACAGCCAAAUUAUUUUGUUUGGAUCGUUGUAACGGAUCGCUUAUUGAGAAGGCUAUUGGACAUCUUUUACAACUUUUGGACGUAAAGUCUAUCGACACAUUCAUUACUUCAUUUGAUCCAGAGGAAAGACCAGAAGUUAUUGAUAAAGCAUGGAAGGAUUUAGAAGCUUAUCAUGGAAAGGGAAUUGUUCAAAAAUUGGGAGUGUCCGAUUUUGAUUUGUCAUCCAUGACCGAGUUUUUGAACAAGAAAGAUCUUGUGGUAAAGCCAUCUGUUGAUCAAGUCCAUGUUGAUCAAUGUUGCUCCUUACCUCAAGAUUUGAUCAAACUCGGUAAACAACAUGGGAUUGAAAUUACUUUCAAUGGAGAUACAACAGAAAUCUUGACAACCGAAGCGUUAUCUACUUUAUUGAACAAGCACGGUCUUGUUAAAGACACCACAAAUGUUAAACCCCGUUGGGUAUUAAAGUACGAUGUAUUCUUCAAAAGCAGAAGUGUGGUAGCCGACAAAGGUUACAUCGUCGUUGGCGAUGUAGUCAACUAAAGAUUUAAAUAUUCCCUCUUUCGUUUCUAGACCAUAUACUUGCAUGAUUUUAAUACUAAUAAAAAAAAUACUGUUGUCUUUUUUACUAGCAACCCGUAUAUGCAUCAGUAUAUGUGUAUAUGCUC